GCCAUGCGCAGAGUUGUUGGAUAAUGACCUACAUUUGCUUGGGAAAUUGAAUCGAAACGUGACUAGCCAAGUAAAAUGUUAACUCGAAACAAAUACGCUGCCCUUGGUUUGAAUCUGAUUUCAACGACCUUUGAUUUGGAAACAACACGGCUGCGCUAACAUUAGCUGCGUUGACACGUAAAAAGUGGAACAUAGCAGAACCCAUAGCUAGCUAGCAGUAGCUGAACUGUCAUCAAAACUUAUUGUUGCAUAUUUUACAGUGACAUGCCUUCAUUAAAGUUUUGUGCAAAUCUUUCAUGGCUGUUCACUGACUUGCCAGAAUUCACACAGCGACUCCACGCUGCGGUAGCCUCGGGGUUUCGCGCAGUGGAAGCUGCUUGGUUGUACGAGUCGGACCUACAGGAGCUGCAGAAAGCAAAGGAACAGGCAGGGCUUGAAGUUGUACUAAUAAAUACCCCCGCUGGUGAUGUAAAAAAUGGUGAGCUGGGACUUGGUGCCCUCCCUGGCAGACAGGCUGACUUCAGACGUGGUUUGGAUAUGGCAGUGAUGUACGCAAAGGCCCUGGACUGUAAGAGGAUCCACUUGAUGGCAGGAAGGGUGCCCGUGGGGGUGGAACGAGCUACCGUUGCCAUGGAGAUGGAGGCCACCUUUGUUGAGAACUUGAAGCACGCUGCUGAUAUCCUGUCAAAGGAGGGGAUUCUCGGUUUGAUUGAGCCCAUCAAUACCAGGAUAACAGAUCCCCGGUAUUUCCUGGACAACCCUCACCAGGCUGCAGUGAUCUUGCAGAAAGUUUGCCAGCCAAACAUCAUGCUGCAAAUGGAUGUGUUCCACUGGCAGAUAAUGGACGGGAACCUGACGCAGAACAUCCAGAAGUAUUUUCCUCUUAUAGGUCACGUGCAGAUUGCACAGGUCCCAGGACGGAAUGAGCCAGACAGCCCAGGAGAAGUCAACUAUCCUUAUCUCUUCAGUCUGCUGGAGCAGCUGGGAUACAAGGGAUACAUCGGCUGCGAAUACAAACCCCUGGGUACUACAGAUGCUGGUUUAGGUUGGGUGAGAGAGUACUGGAAGAGCCACAAAUAAAUGCAACCGGGGCCACCUUCUCUGCUCUCUGAAGACUAACCAUCAGCCAUCAGCAUAAUGCAGGCUGGUGAUAAAUAAUAACAGAAAAAUCCACUUCAAAUACUAAUAGUGAAUGAAUCCUAAUGGGCCUUUGUUGUUCGGUGAUUCAUGCUUUGGAUGUUAAGCCAAAUGUUCAUCUGAAACUUCAGUUAAACUGCAGGAAGAGGACUGGCCUGGAUGAUUCUUGAUCCUAUAUAAAAAAGCUUCAAAUUAGCAAUGCUAUUUUUUUCCUUUUGAAAAUGCCUUCCAGCUCAUUGCGAUGUAAUAGGUAACGUGCAAAAAAACAGGCAGCGGUCAUUCAAAGGGACCUUAUUACAGAAAAUGAAAUGGCAGAAACGGACUGAGACUUAAUGGAAAUGGAUUUAACAGGACUGUGAGACGCCCGCAUGCCAGCAGUGCAUUGGUUUGUGAGGCCUGACGCAUCAGAUACAGCGCAGAACUGAGGCCUCUAGCCGCCUUUUCCAUCAAGGCCUCGUAAACCGCCAGGAACAUCUGAGCCCACCCAGCACUCGCCGAAGCCAUUUAAAGUUCUGUCGUACUCUCUUGUAAAACAAGAUAACAUAUUUCAAUUGCCUCCUGUCAAACGGAAUAAAAUGUGCCUAAAGGUU